AGCAGAAGGACAAGUUUCCCUUGUCUCUCCUUCUACAAAUCCUUUCCCCUCGCUCCUCUCUUUUCCAAUCUACACCUUUUUUCUUCACGCGCCGCCUUUAUUAAAAUCGCCGACCACACACUCAUCCGUGUUCUAGAUCUGGUUCCGUUCGUUUCAAUACCUCUACCUAACUCCAACUCUCUCGUGUAUCAAGAAUUGAUUUUAAAACUGUUUUUGUUAUUUUACCUUUUUAUCCUUGAACUUGCUUGCCUCUUUGAACCUCGCCAGCGAUUGAGUCUCCCUCCUUCUCGACCCCGUUUUGGACCUUUUCCUUCUCUCCCUUGUCAAGAAAAUGAUUUGACACCUACGUCCCAAAAAUAAAACUCCAAAUUCUUGGUCUGACUCUUUUGGCCCAGAAUUAACUGCAAUUUAACGGUUUAAUCCUUCAAAAGAUGAGUUAUCACUCACGUAGGACUUUAACACCUGGCGCCUCAAAGAAGCGCAAAGAGAGAGAGGCACUGUCUUAUUCAAUGAAGCCGAAAUCGGCUUCGGCUCAACCAGCUUCAAAUCUUGACGAGCCGAUUUCCUCUAAUCGGCUACUAGCCGGCUACAUGGCGUAUGAGUUCUUGACUGAAGGCACCCUUCUUGGGCAGAAGUUCGAUCCAGCUCGAGCAGAAGUCAUGUCUCUAGCUGGCGGCUCGGUGGAGUGCUCGAAGAGAGGAGAGCCGGGAAAGAAGAAGGAACACAAAAGUUACGCUGAGGUGGCAAGCAUUUUAAAGAGUGAAGGGGCCCACAUUCCCGGGAUUGUUAAUCCUUGCCAGCUGGCCAGGUGGAUCCAGAUGUAGAAGUAUACUGGCGUUUGUACGUGGCGGGAUCUGAUUGGGAAAUAGAUUCGAGUCCACGUAACCAUCAAGGGCAAGAUUGUGAAUAUGUUGCCGGGUCUGUUUGGAAACGGCGAGUCCGUCGCAGAAGUGAGAUGAACCAGAAAUCAAUGGAGCAAGCGCAAAAGCUUCGUCCGUCUCUCAGUGGAGGCGUGUGUGGUCGUGUCAGAUUCUAAAUGACCCUGUUCCUGAGCUUGUUUGUUGUUUAAUAUAAUCUCAGAUAGGGCUAGCAUCUCCACAUUAUCGAGCAUGUAUUAAUUAGACAUGCAUAUUUGCAGUACGCACGGGGGAUAGAGAAUGUAAGUAGCUGAGCCCUUGUUUAAUCACUGUUACUAAAUACAUGUCUGUUUGUUUUUCCUUUUGCUAUUCAAGGUGUUCUUCAUUCUUUU